GAUUUUGUUACGGUGUUUAGAUGGCGCACUAAGCCUACUUCUCUUUUACCGAAAACGUGUUGUGGUGUCGAGAAACGCACAGCUUGCGUUUAAAUAUAAAAUAUGGCUCCGAAAGGUAAUAAUAUGAUUCCGAAUGGCCAUUUCCAUAAGGAUUGGCAAAGGUUCGUGAAAACAUGGUUUAAUCAACCGGCCCGUAAAUUCCGCAGAAGGCAAAAUAGGAUUAAAAAAGCUAAAGCUAUCGCUCCUAGACCCGCUGCUGGUCCAUUAAGACCGGUAGUUCGAUGCCCUACAAUCAGAUAUCAUACUAAAGUGAGGGCUGGUCGUGGAUUUACUCUCCAAGAAUUGAAAGCAGCUGGGUUAAACUCAUCUUUUGCUCGUUCCGUUGGAGUUGCAGUCGAUUAUCGUAGAAGGAAUAAAUCCGUCGAGUCUCUCCAAUUGAAUGCUCAACGUUUGAAAGAAUACAAAUCCAAGUUGAUUUUGUUCCCACAACAUAAUAAGAAGAAGUUGCGUGCUGGUGAAGCAACAGAAGAGGAACGUAAAGUUGCUUCUCAGUUGAUUGGCGAAGUUUUGCCAAUUUCCAAAUCAGUUAUUAGAACGAAAGCGAAGGUACCUUCUGAGGAUGAGAAGAAAUUCAGUGCAUUCACCGCAUUGAGGAAGGCACGAGCUGAUGCACGUCUCGUUGGAAUCAGAGCCAAACGCGCUAAGGAAGCUGCAGAAAACACAGAUGACGUUACAAAAGCCCCGAAGGAAGCGAAGAAAUCCAAAAAAUAAAAAAGAUUUUUUUUGUAAUCUUAGACAUUUGAAUAAAUCUUUAAGUUAAAAGAAAAUAUAAA